AUGUUGAGCUUACUACUUGCGCUAUUACUUGCCGUGUCCCUUCGGGCGUCCCCACUUGUGUCUCGCCAGGACACGCGGCAAUAUACCAUCCACAACCAGUGCCCGAGCGCUGUCAACCUCUACAUCGCUGGCAACUUCGAAGGCUCGAUCCCGAGCAGGGGGGAUACUACGAAAUCCAUGUCCCUCGGGGCGGGCUUCUUCUAUACUGAUGCGAAUGGCGGCAAUCCCAGUGGUAUCGGUACGUCGCGUGCUGGCUUCGCUGAUGACUUCUAUUACAUGGUCGUCGAUCCCGACCAUAUCAACGUUGGGUUGCAAAUAACACCUCGUGAUCGUCCCUCAAGGAUGGGGUUCUGUCAGACUAUCGAAUGCGGCGAGGCUGGGUGUCCUUUAGCCUUCCCGCAACCACCUACGCGCUUCCCGGCUCCCGCUUCAACCGCACCACCCCCUCCAUACUAUCGCUGCCCCAUCGCAAACACCACGUUUGACAUCACGUUCUGCCCUACAGGAAGUUUCCCUAAUCAAGGCACCAUGAUCCAUCCCAACGACAAUAUGGACAAGUGCCUCGACGUCCGCGGAGCCAACUUCGCGAAUGGAACACCGGUUCAGAUCUACGACUGCAACCAAACCCCCGCGCAACGCUGGUUCCUCAAUCGCGGCAGCACGAAAGUCCAACUCGCAGGAACCAACUUCUGCCUUGAUGCUGGCUCUACGCCAGGAAACGGUGUCGGUCUGAAGAUCUGGCAGUGUUACGACAAUCUGCCUGCGCAGCAGUGGUACUUCACCGACGACAGCCGUAUUGCGCUCGAAGGACAAGAUCUCCUAGAUAUGAAUAGAGGACCCAUCGUUCUUACAAUAGAUGAAGCAGAGUAUCUCCUGGACCAACUCCCGCCUCCAUUCGCAGAUGACGAUGAGCUCGUCAAAAAGUUGCGUAAACGCCUCCAAGAUCUUCUGAGCGAUUUGAGGAACGGAGCAGAGGGCGUCGUUAACAAGGCCUGA